CGACUUGCCAUGGCUUUGCCUUCAAAACUUCAUACCCAUCCAACCGUCACACAUGCAGUUUUGGUUAAACACACACGCACGCAGGGAAAUAUACGCCAUUCCUCAUACACCCAGAAAGUGACCGACAAGUUGAAAAACAUCAGCCAACCACACUCAACACACACAGAACGCCACAUCCACCAACUACACAUACAACGCUCACGCAGAAGGGCCCAUGUCUACCAGAUAGAUGCCUGCCUACAUGCCGCCUUCCUUACACUCUCUCUGCCUAUCGAUCGGUCCUCUCUGAGUCCGUCAGCUAGCCUGUCAGCCAUUCAGUCAGUCAAUGGUGUAUAUGGUGAUGUAGUCGAACAUGACGUCUCCCUCCCCACUGACCACCUUGCCCUCCUUGCUGCCGUAAUAGCAGUCGGGCGGGCUGGUGGUGUCUCCCUCCGCCCGGUAGUUGGUGAUGGUCGACAGCCACACGUGGAAGAGGUUCUUGGGGAUCUUCUCGUACGGCCCAUCCGGCGCACUGGGGUCCGUCUUGGCCCUCACCUCGUGGAUGAGGCUGCCGUCAAGGUACCAGGCCGCCCGCUCGCGGUCGAACCAGAGGGAGAACUUGUGAUAUUUGUUGGUGAGACCGAGACCGCCUGCGGCUUUGAUGUCGUCUUGGUCUCCGCCCAUCUUCUCGGCAUCUAUGGUGGUGGUCUUCCCCUGCUCUGGGCGGCUCACGUCGACCUGUUGGCCGGGCUGCCAUCUGCUGCCGGUCAGUCGCUCGAGUCUCAGGGGCAGGCCACCUCCGCCCCCCGUCCAUCUGUAGACGCCGUAGUAGAACUCGGAGGGGCCGAAUGAGCCGAAGUGCUCGAAGACGUCGAACUCGCUCCUGGGCCCGUAUGUCAUGGGGUGCAGGUUGUUGCCUCCGUCUGAGUAUGACGUCCAGAAGGCUUCGUGCCACCCAGGCGUCUUGGUCAUCUUGACGCGUGUCUCGAAGUAGCCGUACCUGCACAUGAAAGGCAGGCCACAGGAAACACAGCAGACGGACAUGAGAGAGAGAGUCGUCUCUUUCCGACUGGCGAUUCGCUUACGUGUAUCGUUGUCUCGUGAUGAUGCCUCCGCCAGAGAACCAGGCAUAGCACGUCUGCUGAACCUUCACCCGCGACCCAUCUGCCUUUGUCACGUACUUGGACUUGGUGUACGGCAAAGGUGUCUUGAGGUAGCGCAGCUUGAUGACCAGCUUGCCGUUCUCCUGACUGACGUAACUCGGGUCGCAGUAGGAGUUGCGCCCGCACAGCUGUCCUGGCUGCCGGUACAUGAACUUGUUAAGGUUGAGGGAAUCCCGGUCGAAUUGGUCGUACAACGCUGGCUUGAAGUGAGAAGGGAGGCGCACAGCGGUCGGCGGCCUUGCCGUCAACAAGAACGGCGGCGAAUUAGGUAGCUUUGCAUUGGGCACCCACCGUACGUGAUGACCCUGCCCGUCGUCUUUAAGCCCAUCGCCUGGCGAUAAGAUGCCUCCCGGCCGGACCGCCAUACGAAACUGCCUUGGCUUCGAGGCACCGCCCCGUUCCACGACGGCCGUCAGGACCUCAUGUUGAUGCCUGCCGUCUUGGCUGCGAUUGAGGGGGGUGAUGAGUACUGCGUCUGCUUCUGCGCGAGGCGGCGGGCGGUCAAAGGCAUCGAUGAAGCCUGCAGAAUGGUCGUCGGCAUCGUCAGCGGGGGACAAGACGCCUUGGCUUUCCGUCACGAUCAUGGGCUGUGCAAAGAAGGAUCUGCCGAUGAUCCCUUUGUCUUGCAAGGGGCCGCCCGCGUCUCGGAUCUUGCGCUGGCCUUGCCGCAGUUGGCCCAUAGGCUGCUCCCGCCGUCCGUAGCCUUCAUCGAGCUGGGUCUGGAGAGAACCGCUCGAGUCUGCCUUUUUCGGCGCGAUGCAUACCACCGAUGGCACAACGCAUAGAACCAGCAAUGCACCGGCAAUGGCGCCUGUCGUGUGGGACGGCAUCUCGUCUCUGCGAGGAGAGGGCCGGGUGGAAG